GCAGAACAGUCCUCCCUGUAAGAGCCUAACCAUUGCCAGGGAAACCUGCGCUAGGCGCUCCGUUCAUUACCAGUAAUUUUUUUAUUAAUCUGAUUAAUAAUUAUUUUUCCCUAUUUAAUUUUUUUCCUUCCAGGUGGAGUUGCCGGAAGCUGGGGGCACCUGAGGAGGGCGGGGUGGAAGGGGAGAGGCAGGAGUUGAGAGCACCUCUCUCUCUCUCCCUACCCGACCCUCUGGCCCCCAAGGGGCAGGAGGUACGCGGGUGUGGGAGCUGAGAUCCAGAGCUGCAGACGCCUCCACCCCUCCCCUCUCCCAGGCUUUCCCUCCUGCCCCUUCCUUGCAACUCUCCUUAAUUUUAUUUGGCUUUUUUAUUAUUAGGAUUUUUCUUUUUCUUUUUAAAUUUAUAUAAAGUAUAUGUGUAUGUGUGUGUAUGGAGCUGAGACAGGCUCGUCAACGCACAGAAUGAGGAAAGACGAGAAAGACAGAGAGUGGGAGAGAGAGACAGAGAGAGAGGGAGAGAGGGACAGCAGCGCCCGGACGUCCUCCCCAACGUCGCCCUCAAUUCCACCGCCUAUGAUCCAGUGAGGCAUUUCUCGACCUAUGGAGCAGCCGUAGCUCAGAACCGGAUCUACUCGACUCCCUUUUAUUCGCCACAGGAGAAUGUCGUGUUCAGUUCCAGCCGGGGGCCGUAUGACUAUGGAUCUAAUUCCUUUUACCAGGAGAAAGACAUGCUCUCAAACUGCAGACAAAACACCUUAGGACAUAACACACAGACCUCAAUCGCUCAGGAUUUUAGUUCUGAGCAGGGCAGGACUGCGCCCCAGGACCAGAAAGCCAGUAUCCAGAUUUACCCCUGGAUGCAGCGAAUGAAUUCGCACAGUGGGGUCGGUUACGGAGCGGACCGGAGGCGCGGCCGCCAGAUCUACUCUCGGUACCAGACCCUGGAACUGGAGAAGGAAUUUCACUUCAACCGCUACCUAACUCGGCGCCGGCGCAUCGAGAUCGCCAAUGCUCUGUGCCUGACCGAGCGACAGAUCAAAAUCUGGUUCCAGAACCGCCGGAUGAAGUGGAAAAAAGAAUCUAAUCUCACGUCCACGCUUUCAGGGGGCGGCGGAGGGGCAGCCGCUGACAGCCUGGGAGGAAAAGAGGAAAAGCGGGAAGACACAGAAGAGGAGAAGCAGAAAGAGUGACCCGGACUGCCCUUGCACCCCUCUCUCCUCCCCUGCUCAUCCCAGCUCCCCAAUCACACACUCUGUAUUUAUCACAGGCACAAUUGAUGUGUUGUGACUUCCUAAAACAAAAUAGGGAGUCAGACGUGGACCUGAAAGUCAGCUCUGGACCCCCUCCCUCCCUGCACAACUCUUCACGAGCCUCCUCCUCUAGCUCCCUCGCUAGCUCCUUCUUGGCUUGUCUGCAGGCCCCUUCCCUCGCCCAGGCCUUGGGGACCUCGCUUCAGACUCCAUUGAUGUCCCUCCAAGUGAGCCCCAGGCUCCCUCCCCACCCUCCCCUCGACGCCCUUAACCCCCGCCCCCCGUGCAGAAAGCCGGCUCCCCGGACCUGGGGCCUCCACUCCAGGGCCUCAGGGCCGGGCCUGGCAGCCGGAGGGCGGGAGGCCUCAGGAGGGCUCGCCUUGGCCCCAGAACACCUCCCCCCCACCCUGGGCUUUCCCCCAGUCCCUGCCCGGCCUUUCUGCCCCAGCAAAUGCCCAGUCCGGGCAAAUUGUAUUUAAAGAUUCCUGGGGGUCAUUAUGGCAUAUUACGAACUGUGACCGUUUCUGUGUGAAUAUUUCUAGCUGUAUUUGUGGUCUCUGUAUUUAUAUUUAUGUUUAGCACCGUCAGUGUUCUGAUUUCAUUUUAAAAAGGAUUAAAAAAAGAGAGAAAAUAACAAAAAGAGAAAAAAAGUGAAUGACGUUUGUUUAGUCAGUAGGAGAAAAUAAAGAAAGAAAGAAACCCCCUCAUGUUAUCCUCCUGUAUAAAUCCGACCUCUGGAUCCGUUCUCGAAUAUUUAAUAAAACUGAUAUUAUUUUUAAAAGUUUA